AUGUACACUCACAAUGUUCUCAGUGGAAAUUCACUUGCCUCCCAUGACGUUUGGGCCCAGUCAGUCAAGUCACAGAGAAGACACAGACAGAAAGACCCAACCUUGGAGAUGGAGCUGAACCAAGGCAAGAUGGAUCAGGAGCCAGGCAGGCCCACAUGGAACAGGCAGAUAGAAUUCACCCUGGCUGGGAUCGGCUGUGCUGUGGGGCUGGGGAACAUAUGGCGGUUCCCUUAUCUGUGCUACAGGAGUGGAGGAGGUGCAUUCCUGGUUCCCUACCUGCUGAUGCUGCUGGUGAUGGGAAUUCCUCUGCUCUACAUGGAGCUGAUUCUGGGACAGUACAUGAGAAGAGGGCCUGUUCAUGCCCUGGCUAAAGCCUGCCCGCUGCUCAAAGGAGUGGGCCUGGCGACCGUGGCCAUCUCCUUCAUCAUGUGUACUUACUACAACAUCAUCAUCACAUGGGGUCUGUACUACCUGUUCAGCUCCUUCCAGAGCCCGCUGCCCUGGCAGAGCUGCAACAACACAUGGAACACCCCCAACUGCACCGAUCACAUAAACCCGAACACCAGCUCACACUCCUCCACCGCCAGCCAGCAGUUCUUCAAUUAUAGGAUGCUGGAGCGGACAGGGGGAGUGGAGGAGAGCGGGGUGCUGCGAUGGGAACUCUUUCUCCUGCUCCUUUUGGCCUGGAUCCUCCUCUACUUCUGCAUCUUCAAGGGGGUCAAGUCAACAGGGAAGGUGGUAUACUUCACGGCUCUCUUCCCAUAUGUCAUCCUGUUAGCUCUGUUGAUUAACAAUGUCCAGCUCCCAGGAGCUAUGGAAGGCAUCCGCUUUUUCAUCAUACCAAACUGGGAGAAACUCCUGGAGUUGGAGGUUUGGGUCAACGCUGCAGCUCAGAUCUUUAACUCCAUUGGGAUAGGCUUUGGCUCCCUCAUGGCCAUGUCCAGCUAUAACAACUUCAACAACAACAUAUUAAAAGACACCCUGGUUAUCUCCAUCACCAACUCCCUGACCAGUAUUCUGGCAGGUUUUGUCAUCUUCUCGGCAUUCGGCUACAUGUCACAUCUCCAGGACAUACCUGUCAGUGAGCUGGCUGUAGAUGGUCCAGGACUGGUUUUUGUUGUUUACCCACAAGCCUUUGCAACAAUGCCAGUGGCUCCGCUGUGGGCAAUUCUGUUCUUCUUCAUGCUCCUGUGCCUUGGGCUGGACAGCCAGUUUGCUAUGGUGGAGGUGAUGGUGACCAGCCUAAUGGAUGGGUUUGGAGGGCCCCUGAUGAAGUUCCUGAGACACAAGGAGAUGCUGGUUCUGGCAGUCUGCAGCACUGCCUUUCUGCUGGGGAUACCCCAUGUCAUGCAGGUGGGGAUCUAUGUAUUCCAGCUGAUGGACCACUACACGGCCAUAGUGUCUCUCAUGUUCCUGGCCUUCUUUGAGGUGCUGGCCAUCUGCGGGCUUUAUGGUGUGAGGAGGCUUUCGGCAAACUUAAAGGAGAUGACAGGAAAUAGGCCUAAUAUCUUCUUCAGAGUGUGCUGGAUGUUUGUGGCUCCUCUUCUGAUCACUAUUAUCCUGGUGUUCACAAUCAUCCAGUUUAAACCAGCUCGCUAUGAGGACUACGUGUAUCCCCCGUGGGCUCAGGGGAUUGGCUGGGUCAUCGCUAUGGCGUCCAUCAUCUGGAUCCCACUCGGAGCUCUUCACACACUGUGGGUUCUGCCAGGCUCCUUCACUGAGAGAUUAGUAAAGUCAAUCACCCCCUAUGCACUGGAGAACGAGAGGGGAGGAGACACAUACCCAAACAUAGCAGUCAUCAGCUCCUUAGGUAGAGAAACAGAGAAGCCUCACAUUCAGACAAACCUCUGA